GGGCUGCACUUCCUCGAGGUCAGAGGCUUGAGCGUAAUACAGAGAGUGUAUGAUGUUGAAGAUGAGCCGGUGGCAGCGACAAAGCCCGAAUCAGAGCUGGAACCUGAGGAGAGAGUGUUCCAGGAGAAAGUGUAUCUUCAUACAUCAUCACACUUGAAAGCAGAACCUACUCCAACUGCAGAGAUGGCAGCUGAAUCAUUGCCUUUCUCCUUUGGGGCAGUGCCCAACUGGGAGCUGGAAGCUUGGUAUGAGGACCUGCAGGAAGUCCUGUCCUCAGAUGAAAAUGGGAGUAACUGUAUCUUACCCCCUGGAAAGGAAGAGGAAGACUCAAAAACAUUCACCACUCUUGACCCUACAUCUCUUGCUUGGCUGACUGAGGAGCCAGGACCAGCAGAAGUAACAAGUACCUCUCAGAGCCCUCGGUCUCCAGAUUCCAGUCGGAGCUCCCUAGCUCAGGAAGAAGAGGAAGAAAGCCAGGAAAGAGCCCGGAAACGGAAACAGAGUGGCCAGUGGUCUAUUCGGGCUGGAAAGCAACGUGUAAAGGAAAAAGAACAGGAGAAUGAAAGGAAAGUGGCACAGCUAACAGAAGAGAAUGAACGGCUUAAACAGGAAAUUGAGUGCCUGACAAGGGAAGUAGAGGCCACACGUCGAGCUCUGAUUGACCGAAUGGUUAAUCUACACCAAGCAUGAACAAAUGGAUCAUCCAUCUCCAGCUGGCUAAUACCUACCUUUCCCAGAAGUAGCCAUUGACCAUCUUCCUACUAGUGCCAAUAAUGUGACCUUCAAAUGUUUGGGGUAGAAAAAAGGAACAGGUCCCGGCUUGUAAAUAGAGGUUGUACAUUUAUUUAUUACUGUCCACAUCCAUUAAAGUGACUUGUGACUUCA